UGAUUGUUGCUGACGCCUUAACCGCGUUUAAAAAAUCUGCUCUACCAGUUAAAUAUCGUUGGUAACGGCUUUUAUUUUUUCCUAUAAAAAACAAUGAUGGAGAUGACAAUUUCUUUUUGCGUAAUGUCAACUCGACUGUGUGCCUUUAUUACCACUGUCUGAUGCUGAGAAAAAAUUCCUUCAUGGAGUAUUGUUGAGCAGCGACAGACGGAGUAGGCUAUAGACUUAUUGAGAAAAUACCCUCCAAUAUCUGGCAAGCGUCUCUCAACAUGAUACUCCUCAAUAUAACAGAAAAUAUGUUUUUUGAAGAACAUGCUUAGGCUAUAGUCUGGUACCAAAAUGGAAGACAUGAAUCUUUCAAUAUGAUGAGAUAUGACGAGAUCCACACACACCCACCUUAUCAAUGCACAGGAACACAAUAAUGGGAGAGCCAAAUGAAAAGAGAAAGUACGGACAGUAGUCUGAAGCUGACAUGAAAGCAGCCUUAAAUGUUUUUCGUGAGGGAAACAUAGGUUUUAAUGAGGUUUGUCGUCAAUACAGUAUCCCAAAACCAAUAUUUAGGAGGCAUUUAAAGUCCUAUAAUGUUAGAGCCAAUGAAUCAAAAAAAAUAAUAGGUCGAUCGUGUAGUUUUUCUGCGGAGAUGGAGGAAGACUUGGAAAAGCAUAUUUUAACACUAGAGUCAAUUUUUUUUGGAGUGACUAUUCGAGAAGUAAGGAAGGCUGCCUUUGAAUUCGCUGAACGCAAUGGUCUUAAACAUAAUUUUAAUAAAAUCACAAGGAUGGCUGGAAAAAAAUGGAUUUAUAGCUUUAUGAGUCGCCAUCCACAACUUUCCUUGAGACAACCAGAAUCAACUUGUAAAGGUUUCAACAGAAGCAAUGUUCAGGAGUUUUUCAAUAUUUUAGAAAAACUCGUUGACGAUCAUGCUUUGACUGCUCCGAAAAUAUACAAUGUCGACGAAACGGGUUUUUCUACUGUACAAAAAAGAUGUCAGAAAGUGCUGGCUAAAAAAGGAAAAUCGCAGGUUGGUGUCAUAGCUAGCGGCGAAAGAGGUGUGAAUACUACAUUUGUAUGCUGCGCAAGUGCUGCAGGUCAAUACGUGGCACCAAUGGUAAUUUUCAAGAGGAAAAGGAUGGCGCCAGAGCUGGCAGAUGGAGCUCCCCCAGGAUCACUGGUCGAAAUAACGGAUACUGGUUACACUAACGCCGAUUUGUUUGUUACUUGGUUAAAACAUUUCAUUGCUGCAGUUAAACCUUCAAAAGAGGAUAGAGUGCUUUUGGUUUUAGAUGGACACACCACACAUUCGAGAAAUUUAGCAGCCAUUGAGAUGGCCCGCGAGAAUGGGGUUAUUAUUUUACAGCUGCCAGGUCAUACCACCCACCGUUUACAACCACUUGAUGUGGCAGUAUUUAAGCCAUUCCAGGUCUAUUAUGACCAAUCGGUUGAAAAAUGGUUGAGAGAACAUCCCGGGAGGACAAUCGGUCAAUUUCAGGUGGCCCGAUUAAUCGGAGAAGGAUAUGGAAAAGCAGCAUGUGUCGCAAAUGCCAUAAGUGGAUUUAAAAAAUGUGGUAUAUGGCCUGUGGAUAGAAACGUUUUCACAGAUGUUGAUUUUGAAGGCGGAGAUGUUCUUCAAACUGAACCAAAACCAAAAGCACUAGCGGAAAGCAAGGACGCUGACGAUACACCUUCGAGUGAUGAUGAUGUGCCCUUGGCGCUUUUAGUUGAAAAACAGAAAUCGUGCGCCACCUCUGAAACUCGACCACUCGAUGUUUCUUUCGAAGACAUUCUACCAAUUCCAAAUAGUCCUGGCAAUCAGAAAAAUGCAAGUAAACGUGCACAAGCGGCAAAAGUUUUAACUUCAACCCCACAUAAGGACGAAUUAAAACCAAAGCAAUCUACUAUCGAAGAAAAGAAAAAGAGACUGGCAAAAAGAAAAAUAGGAAUAGCCAAUGGCCAACCGAAAAAAAAAAGUAAAAAGGAAAAAUGCUUCUCUAUGGUUCAAAUGACGUAGUGGUAGAAAUACUAGAGAAUCAGUGGCUUUGUGUUAUAUGUAAUGAGUGUCAAGUAGAAAAUAUGAUACAGUAUUCCUUGUGCAAGCUUUGGGUCCAUGAACUUUGUGUGAGUGAUGAAGCAAGUUCUUCGUACUUUUGUGACAGUUGUUCCUAAAUAACACAUCUAGUUAUUAUUGCUUGUCCUGUCGUUUUUUAAAUAUUAAAAUAUUAAAAUUUGUAUUCUUGUUUAAAUACUACUGUUAUGCUACCAUACUUAAGUGGUACGAUAUAGCAGAUCAGUACGAUUUAGGAAACCUGGUGGUACGAUUUUGGCAUCUGGUUUCCCAAGUCGUACCAUUUGCAAUGUUUAUAAAAAAUGUAUUUUUCUCUUAAAUUAGAUAACUGGUCAUAACAAAAGAAAGUAGAAAUAUGUAAAAAUCAUUUAGUUAAAUAUUUAAAAUGAAAGCAGCCCCUUAAUAUUGAAAAUGCUAGCUUAUUAUACAUGUUUCCGAAAAAUGGUACGAUUUAGGCGACUUUCCCCUAAGAGGUACUAAAAAAAUAAUAAUAAUCUUUCUCAAAACAAUUGCCAGAUUAUCU